GAACCACCCCAAGUUUGUCGCAACAUCCUCGUGCGGCGCAAACUGCCCCUCGUCCCGCCCCAGCUCAGUCUUUAACUUAGUUCCUGCUCGCCACAACCAAGAUCACCAUCGCGCCAGGGGCCGCUACUUCUUUUAUCGAUCGCAUCCUCAAGGGCGCCUGCACCGGGUGCUCGUGCAGCCCCUCUUGCGGUGCGCGCCACAGUCUCUCCCUGCUACACGACCAGCGUUGCAUCAGCCACAGCAUCCACGCCCGCAAUGCCUUCCGAGUCCACCAACGCCGGCAUCGUCACAGACGAAUCGAGCGGCGAGCGCCAAAUCCCUGAAUCAGUGCGCGCCGACGGCAGCACCCGAAAGGCGAUCAAGAUCCGUCCCGGCUAUCGCCCGCCCGAAGAUGUCGAGGUCUACAAGAACCGCACCGCCGAGGCGUUUCGUGAGCGCGGCAAGCGGGUAGGCAUACCCGGCGCGGCGGGGCUCAAGGAUGAAGAGCAGCCGGAACAGAGCGCCGCGGCCAACAAAAACGCAAAGCGACGCGAGGCGCGCAAGAAAGCUAAGGCUGCGGCCGAGGGCGAGGGCGAAGGCGAGGGUGAGGGCGCCGCCAAGGGCAGCUCCGCAACAGAGGCCCGACCCGCAGAGAAGGAAGAAGUUGAUCCCGAGGUCGAGCGUGAGAAAAAGGCCCGGAACCUGAAGAAGAAGCUGAAGCAGGCCAAGGAGCUCCAAAAUAAGAAGGAGGGCGGAGAGACCCUCCUUCCGGAGCAGAUCGCCAAGGUCAUCAAGAUCAAGGAGCUUAUCCGAGAACUGGAUGCCCUGGGCUUCGAUGCCGAUGGUGAACCGAAAACCGAGUCCGCCAAAGAUGGCAGCGAUAAGAAGGACUGAGCGGGAUACUGAUGGUGGCCUACCUCGACUACCCGUUUGAUGUACGGUGUGCUGGAUGUUCCGACACUUGCUCAUCCCAGCAGCUCCGCACACAUUGGAGUUCAUUAGAGCUCACAUUCUACCGCAUGGGGCAUUGUAGCGCCAUGAAUGUGCUUCGUGCAGUCCAUGGACGUGCUGAUGGACUGGCGGCCACGGCAUCAUCCUUCUCGUUAUCCCAGCUGAUGAGGGGUGGGACUACGGGCAGGAGUUUUGGCAAGUUGGGUUGGGCAAAGGAAUGUUUCUAGACAGGGAAAGGUGGUAUCUCAUUGAGGGACUUUGGGAACUUCUGGCGUCCGGACGCGCACAUUGAGCUGUUUCAGUGCCAAUCCCGUGCGUGAGAUACUAUCGUCAUAGGUGCUAGCACAAACUACUUUGAGGAGCACAUGUCCGCCAAACUCCGCCAAGUACGCCCUGAUUAAGAAUCAAG